GUGUGCAUGAGAGAGAGAUCCAACCUUCAUUUCUCAAGUUUAUCUCUCUCCAAGUACAAGAAGAUACACUAAACUUUUCACUGAGCAAAACGGAUCAACUAAUAAUGGGCAUACAUUUUGCAUUCAAGUUCUUUCUCCUCCAUCUUCUUGUAGUUCUGAGUUCAAAUGGAAGUGAAGGAGCAAGAGAGAAGAUAAGCAAGAGCAACAAUGUUUUGAGACUUCCAAGUGAUCAUGUACAGGCAAGUCCAUCAUCUCAUAUGAAUCACUUGGAUCAAUCCAUGAUGGUCUUUUUCACUUUAGAUGAUCUCAAAAUUGGCAAAAAAUUGCAAAUUUAUUUUCCUAUGAAAGAUUCUUCAUCUACUCCCCCUAUGUUACCUAAAGCAGAAGCAGAUUCCAUUCCUUUUUCAUACAAAGACUUCCCUUACCUCCUUAAAUUAUUUUCCAUCUCUCCAAACUCUCCUCAAGCCAUAGCCAUGGAAAAUACUCUAAAAGAAUGCGAACUUAAACCCAUCAAAGGAGAAACAAAAAUUUGUGCUACUUCUUUAGAGUCGAUAGUUGAUUUUGUACGUGAAACUUUUGGAUUAGGGACAAAAUUCAAGAUUUUAACAACCACCCAUCUUAUAAAAUCAAAAACCCUUUUAGAUAAUUAUACAAUAAUGCAAGAACCUAAGGAGAUACCGGUUCCAAAGAUGGUGGCUUGCCAUACGAUGCCGUAUCGAUAUACAGUGUUCUAUUGCCAUAGCCAACAGACUGAGAAUAAAGUGUUUGUGGUUUCAUUGAAAGGUCGAAAUGGAGGAAGAGUAGAAGCUGUUGCUGUUUGUCAUAUGGAUACUUCUAAAUGGAGUUCUAGACAUGCAUCAUUUCGUGUGCUUGGGAUUAAACCGGGAACUAUUCCGGUUUGCCAUUUCUUUAAAGGAGAUAAUCUUAUUUAUGUUCCUUUGCCUGCCCAUGGUUAAUAGAAUCAAGAAUGAUGUUCUUGAAUAUAUACGAUAUGUUGUUCUUCCAAAUGAUCUUUAAUAAAUGGGUUUGUACUUUGCCUGUAACUUCUCUAGAUUGUUGCAAAUAAAUGUGCACACUUAUGAUGUGCUUUGGUUGUUGUA